CCUUUGAGGACGUGGCUGUGAACUUCACCCUGGAGGAGUGGAGUUUGCUGAAUCCUUCCCAGGAGAAUCUGUAUAGAUCUGUGAUGCGGGAAACCAUCAGGAACCUGCAUGCUGUAGGACAAAAAUGGAGAGACCAGAACUUUGAAAAGGAGGACCAGAAUCUUGGAAAAUAUCUAAGAAAUCAAGCAGUAGAGAAGCUCUGUGAAUAUGAAGAAGACUGUCUAUGGGGAGGAGCCUUCAGCCAGACUCAUGAGAUUAUGAACAAGGGAACUCCUGGAGCAGUAUCAUGUGAAAGGCAUGUGUGUGGAGAAGUCCUCGAUGGUCACUCUCCUGGAAAUGUGCCCUUCAGGGAUCACAGUAUACACAAACCAUAUGAGUACCCAGGAUAUGGAGAGAAGUCACGUAUAUGUAAGGAACAUGGGGAAACUUUCCGUUCUCCCCAGUGCCUUGAUAAGUAUGAAAGGACUCGCACUGGAGAGAAACCCUAUGAAUGUUCACAGUGUAAUAAAGCCUUCAGAUAUCUCAGUUCUCUUCAAAAUCAUAAAAGGAUUCACACUAGAGACAAACACCAUGAAUGUAAGCAGUGCGGGAAAACCUUCAAAAGACACAGUAACGUUCAGGUCCAUGAAAGAAGUCACACUGGAGAGAAACCCUAUGUAUGUAAGCUAUGUGGGAAAGCUUUCACUUCUUAUACUUCCCUUCGAACACAUGAAAGAAGUCACACAGGAGAGAAACCCUAUGUGUGUAAGCUAUGUGGGAAAGCCUUCACUUCUUAUACUUCCCUUCGAGCACAUGAAAGAAGUCACACUGGAGAGAAACCCUAUGUGUGUAAGCUAUGUGGGAAAGCCUUCACUUCUUAUACUUCCCUUCGAACACAUGAAAGAAGGCACACUGGAGAGAAACCCUAUGUGUGUAAGCUAUGUGGGAAAGCCUUCACUUCUUAUACUUCCCUUGGAGCACAUGAAAGAAGUCACACAGGAGAGAAACCAUAUUUAUGUAAGCUGUGUGGGAAAGCCUUCACUCAAUCCAGUGAUCUUCAAGUACAUACAAGAAGUCACACAGGAGAGAAACCAUAUUCAUGUAAGCAGUGUGGCAAAGCCUUCACUCGGUCUAGUAACCUUCAUAUACAUAAAAGAAUUCAUACUGGAGAAAAACCCUACACAUGUAAGCAGUGCGAGAAAGCCUUCACUUGUUCAGGUCACCUUCAAAUGCAUAAAAGAACUCACACUGGAGAAAAACCCUAUUUAUGUAAGAAAUGUGGGAAAGCCUUCACUCAAUUCAAUUCCCUUCAGAUACAUAAAAGAAUUCACACUGGAGAGAAGCCUUACGUGUGUCAGCAGUGUGGGAAAGCCUUUGCUCGCUCCAGUUCCCUUCACAUACAUGAGAGAACUCACAAAGGAGAGACGCCUUAUGUAUGUAAGCAGUGUGGGAAAGCCUUCAUAUGGUCCAGUUCCCUUCCAAGACAUGAAGUAGUUCACACAGGAGAAAAACCCUAUGUAUGUAAGCAAUGUGGGAAAGCCUUCAGUCAUUACAGCAGUAUUUAUAGACAUGAAAAGACUCACACUGAAAAGAAACCCUGUUAAUGCGAUGAAUGUCAGGAAACUGUCAGGUGUCCCAACUACUUUUGAAACAACUCACACUGGAUAUAAACCCUGCCUGUGUAAGCAAUGUAGGAAGCCUUUGUUGACCCCAGUUCCCUUUGAUACCAUAAGGGAUUCUCAGUGGAGAGAAACGCUGUGGAUGUAAAUUUGGGAAAGUCCUCGAUAAUGCCAGGUUCCUUUCACACAUGCAAAGACUCACACUGGAGAGAAACUCUUAAGUAUAGAAUGCAAGAAGGCUCCAUUAUUAUGUGACCUUCUUAGCACUGUAAUAUUCACAGUAAAAAGCACUUAGGAAU